AUGCCAAUAAGAAAAUAUAAGUAAAAUGAGUAUUAGACCUAAGAGAAGAGCUGCAUACCAACAGAACUACAACGAAGACGAUUUGUUCUUGGAACAAACUUACAUCGAGCACCCUCCCAUCAAAUCCCAGCCAGUUAGUCCACACAGAUUUGUGGAGCCUAGGAAUAGGAUUCCUCAACAGAGGGUUCAGCAGGACGCCUUUUUAAGGCAUCCUAAGAGACCUCAAAUGAAGAGGUUUAGCUUAAAGACUUAUCUUACCGCUAAAAUUCCAUCAAAAAGAGUGAAGACUAGACUCUGUGGUUCAAAAAGAUUGUCCUUGGUCGAUAUGAGGAGCUACGAUGAAAUCUUAUCCAGUAAGAGAAGAAUCAUUCAAAAUAAAAGAAGAAGAAAGGAAGACUUGAAGAAUGUUGGCAUCCAACUUGAAAAAGAGAAACAUUUCUCCCAGGUGUUUUCACCUGAUUUCGGAGUCCAUGGCACUAGCCAGUCUCUUUUGGACUCAAACUUUGUUCCUAUGAAUUUCCACGCGCAAGGGAUCACCGAAUAUGAAAGAGCCAACUAUAGUAAAGUAGCCAGAGAUCCAGUAAAUAAUUCAAAAAAGGUCUGAGAUGAAACUUCUAAAGCUUUGGACGAGACUGAGAAGAAGAGCACUGUCAUCAGCUGUUAUGACAGACCCCAGAACAAGGGUCCAGGAGAGAAUGGAUUAGGAAUAGAUCCCGAAUUUAUGGGUCAUGGCUCUCCCAAUAUCGACUCUCAUGGCUCUAUGGAAAUCAAUGACUCCUCGAAUAAUUCCAAUAACCAGAAUAACGAGUGUCUUAUUGACCAGCUCUGGGAAGAGAAUGAGCGUGAAUGUGAAGAAAUAAUCGGAGACAGCCUCCACGAUUUCUAAGUCCUUUUCGAAAAAUACACUGAUAACUUAAUUUAUUCAAUAAACUUGA